AAACACAGCAGCAAAAAAACACGUGUAUACAUACGAAAUGCAUAUAUUUACUGUACAAUAGUUUAAGUGUGUGGGUGUUCAACAGCUGCUGCCCCGUGCGUCGCAGGUUGCCACAAAAUGUUUACAUUUUGGUGCAGAGACUUCCAGCAACUUGGUAAUUUCAAAACCGUUUCUCCGAUAUUUUAAAAUACUCGAUCGAGCCAUGCUGGCUAAAAUAAUCAUACUUCCAUGACAUCAAAUAAUAAUCUACAUCAUUCAGAAAUACUUUGUUUAAAUAAUUCAUCAUUUAUCACAUCACUUAUCAUCAAGCUGAUAUUUAGCAGCAACUGCAUAAAUUCAAACUAAAAAAAAAUAUACAUAUAAAAAUAUAUAAAAUGGGUGGUUAUGUGAGUAAAAUAGCAUCGAUGUCAAACUCUGCUGUUAAUUCUGUUUAUCGUGGACGCAAAAGAAAAUGCAUCGAAGAAGAUGACUGUGAUUCAGAUUCCGAUUUCAUUGACAAAACUCUUCAAACUCCUAAAAAAAGAAAGUUGCUAACAACUGCACAGUAUAUUUACAAGACGUUAUUUCAAGAAGAAAAAGGAAGUGAUAUAACUGUUUAUAUGCUAGGAAGACCAUGGCGGUUGCACAAAGUUUAUAUAAGCCAGAGCCCUUAUUUCGCGAGCAUGUUUUCUGGAUCAUGGAAAGAGACGAAUCAAAAAUUUGUACCGGUUGAAAUAACCGACUCCAACAUAACUCUUGACUCAUUGUCAAUAGUACUAGGAUCAUUUUACCAAGACGAAGUUAGUAUUGAACCUAAAAACGUUAUUUCAAUACUAGCGACAUCGACACUCUUUCAAUUGCAAGGUCUCAUAGACCAGUGCACUGAGAUAAUGAUAGAGACGACAAAUAUAAAGACAGUGGUGCCUUAUUACAAUGCAGCGGUCUCUUAUGGAGUGCCUACGGUUAAAACGGCAGCGAAACGUUGGCUGGAAGUUAAUUUGCUCGGUUACGGAUCCCGGUAUCCUGGAUUUUUGAAGGAAAUAACACCCGAGUUGAUGGUGGAACUGAUUAAGAGCCCGGAACUGGUCGCUAUACAGACGGAAUUUUGUAUAUACAUGAUGUUGCGUGUAUGGCUGUUCAUUCACAUGCAGAAUAAAGAGGAAACUGAAGUGGACGAGUACUUUAAAAAGCAUACGUGGACAAAGGCGCUGUUUGAUACAGCAGAGGGUAAAGAGUACGCGGAACCGUUCAAAGCUCUGCGUAUGAAAUAUCUGUUGCUGCAUGACCAAGAUGUUAAAAUAUUGAACGGGGAUAAUCUGAUACCCGCUGAAUGGCUACAUGAUGCCUACAAGGAGCAGUGGCUGCAUCUGCUGCGAAUUGACGCUGACAAAGACGCUGACUGUGGACCCAAGCAAAUGAACGAAGAAGAAUUUGCGGAAGAAUGUUUUAGGUGUGGGAGGUGUAUAGAGAAAGCUGGAGAACAUAUUUGGAGAUGGACGGCGUUUCAAUUUGGAUUGGAUCUGGUUGUUUAUCUUGACACCACAUCGCUUGGGAUUAGACGAAAUAAUCGUACGGAUGCUAAUCAUAUUAGUGCUAAUCACAGUACACGUAAUAUUAUUAUUAGGGUAUGUUUAUUUUCAUUAAAUGAACAGAGACAAAUAAAACAUUGUCAAAAUUCGGGAGUAUUAAGAUUAACUCUGCACAAAAAUCAAGAGAAACAAGUUAUGUCAUUAGACAAACAAUUAACUUAUCCACUUUAUAUAUCAGUAAAUAUGCAAGUCGUGACGCCUUUUUCUAAAUCCGAUGAAGAAAAACCGAGUGGUAUUGCCUCGCUGUCUGCUACGUAGUUUAAAUUAAAAAAAAAACAACAGCAAUGAUUAAUUAAUCAAAAUAUAUGCACAUAUAUAUAUUGAUAUGAAUCAUGGAUGUGAGUACUAAAGUGCUGGGAACAUGUAUUCACAAUUUCCUUAUUAAUCUAGUCUUGAAAGUCUCAAAACGGACAGCUAAUUAAAUUCAAAUUUAAAUUUAUGAUUAAAAACAAAUCACGAGGGCGUAAGACAUGAAGAUUAAAAUUAAAAUUUAUUAUCGUAUAAAUGGUAGCGAUUUAAAAUUAAUUACUAAAUUUAUUUAUUUAUAUUAAAUAUUAUAUAUUAUAAAUCAGUAAGUUUAAUUUUUUCUAUCUAUUAGUUCUCUAUUUAUAAAAAUCUUUCGAGUAUUUUUAGUAGAUUUCUAGUCUCAUUAAUUAAAUCAUUAGUUUAUCCUUCAAUUAAUUAUAGAUUCAAGGUAAUUCUCAGACUGUGCUCAGAAUUUCGAUACGUUUAUGGCAGGUCAUUAAAAAUUUUUAAAAAUAGGGACACUGAUCUACCUGAAGAUCGGAACGUUUCUCGUGCAACGAAAAUGAAAAAAUUUAUGAAAUUUUACUGCUUGAGGUCGACUUCAGAGGUGAUUGGGGGUGGCUACAAUUUUCGACUAGCAUACUGGCGCCGAUUCGAAAAAUUUCAGAAAUUUAGAUCAAGUAGAUUUUUUAUUUUUCAUUUUGUUUUUUUAUUUUCGUUCCGCAAAAAACGUUCCGAUCUUCAGGUACAUGGACACUGUCUGAGAAUGCCUUUAGUAAGCGAUUAAAUUUUUCAAGAUUAAUAUUAUCAAAUAUCGAAGGACAAAAUCAUAGCCGAUAUUAAAAAAUUUUCUCCAUUUCAUGAUUAAUUAUUAAAUUACUCGUAGUAAAAUAAUUAAAUUGAAUUAAUUUCUCAUUGAUUAAUCACCGGAACUCUAAAAAAUACUUGGAUAAAUUUUUUCGAAAAAACCUUUACUGUUUCAGUGAACGAGUCUUCCUUUCGGAAUAUUUUUUAAAAUUUUCGGUAGUAAAUUUUAGUAAGUCGUUAUUUAAAUUAGUGCCAUAAAAAUGAAUUUUUAAAAUUUAUUAUUCAAAAAAUUACGACUUAUUUAUAAAAAUUGAUAAUUAAUUAUAUUACAAUUGUCAAGUAAUUUGAGGAUUUAAUUAAAAGGAAAAAUGAAACAUUCCAGUGAAAUUGAUAAAUACUUUGAUUUAUUAUCGGGAAAAUAAUUUUCUCAAUCAUUAAAAAGGUGCCUUUGUAGAUGAUAGCAAAUGAAUAUUUACUAUUUGUAAGUCAUAUUAAAUAUUUGUCAUUACACAUAAACUAUUUACGGCUUUUUUUAUGGAUUUUGAUAUGUCCUUUACUUAUAUUUUUUUAUAUUACGUAUAUUAUCAGGGUGCAUUGACGUUUGAGAGGAUCAUUGGUAAUGACUAUUGGUAAUUAAUGUAAUUAAUAUAUUAUAUGUAAUAAUAUAAAUUAUUAAAAUGUAUUACCGUUGGAAUUUAUAGACAGCUAUUUUAUUGACUUAAAACUGUAACAACUGCAUUUUACAGUACUUUUGAUUUUCAACAUCCCGAGGCUGUGACUGUAUUUUGUACCUGUAAUAUUUAUGUAUACAAAGUUAUACAGUAAUAAAAUAGUCGUACGGUCUGGUGGAAUUUAACGAACCAACGAAUUCACGUAAAAUGUUUUCUGGGAUGUAUAUUUUUAUUUAAUUAAAU